AUGGCCUCAACCCGAAACCCUCUGGGCGACUUCGUCCUGACCCCGCACCAGCAGCGCCUCUUGUUUGAAGCCCUCAACGCCAACAAAGCCGCCGGCUCUCUGGCCAACAAUGCGCCUCACGGUUCAUUGUCAUCUUUCGAUGGCUCUCCAAUUCAAGAGCGGAAUGGUGUUGUUCCCGGGUUCCAAGACAGUCCUCUACUUGACUACGACUACGAUUUUGGCGCCCCUGACUCCAGCAUCGAUUUCUCCCUCGAUGAUAUCAACAACACAAGGAUGAUCGGUGACCUACCUGGUGGCGCUCCGUCCACGACCAAGUCGGACUCUACCGAGGCUGAUAACCAGGACAAACGGAGUCAUCCUGACGAUGAUGACGAUGAGGAGAAUGGUGCGAAAAGGCGCGAGAGUGAGGAUAAAGUCGCCAAGAAGCCUGGGAGGAAGCCUCUUACGACCGAGCCUAGUUCGAAACGCAAGGCCCAGAACCGCGCUGCCCAGCGCGCUUUCCGUGAGCGCAAGGAGAGGCACUUGAAGGAUCUCGAGACCAAAGUUCAGGAGUUGGAGAAGGCAUCCGAGACCGUCAACCAUGAGAAUGAGCUCCUGCGCGCAAAGGUUGAGAAAAUGACCGUCGAGUUGAGCGAGUACAGGAAGAGACUAUCCUUGAAUUCCAGUGGCCGCUCGACGGUGCAAGCCCCUCCCAGCAACACGUUUGGCCAAGCUUUCGUCAACAACAUCAACGACGUCAACUUCCAGUUUGAGUUCCCCAAGUUCGGAGCUCUUCCUGGUCCUCCGAGCGGGGCCAAUGGCGGAAACAAUAGAAUGUCAUCUGCCUCAACCACACCAAACACUUCAAAGGGAGACAGUAGCGGCCAAGCUAGCCCCCAGGACACUCGGAGUCCCACCAAUCUGAGCAGUUUCAACCAAGCCGGCUUAGACAAACCGAGCAAGGAGGAUCUCUCAGCCGGCCUCUAUAACCCUGCUCUUGCCAGCCACAGCAGCAUGGGAAGUACCUCACGAAGCAGCUUUGAGUCGCACUUUGGUGCCGGCGCUGCAGGAUCAUCAAGUUCUCCAUCCUCUUCGUCCAAUUCGAAUAUGGGUGGUACUAGCUCAUCUUGCGGGACGUCUCCAGAGCCCUUCACGCAAUCGCCCAUGGGCUUCAAGCCUGUGGACACCUUGACCACCAUUGGCGAGGAGCAACCGACCCUGGCCAAUUCCAAUCAAGACAUGGGCCAUUUCGCCAACAUUGACAUCAACGACUUCAACUGGGUACCGCAGAACAACUUCCAGUUUGCGCCGCAGCUAUUUAAUGAUUACCGGGAGCCUCAGGAUAGUGUCCUUUCAAAUGUCGACUUGGAUGAAAGCUUCUUCAAGGAUGCGUUCGAUAUGGACUUCACGACUCCUUACAACUUGCCGGUGACCUUACCGGCAAAGAAGAAGGAUCUGAUUGCAGAAAUCGACGCCGCCAAGAGCGCCGACCUGCUCGACAGCAAUGGCCAGUUGUUAACGUGCAACAAGAUAUGGGAGAAGCUUCAAAACUGCCCCAAGGUCCAGAGCGGCGAUUUCGACCUUGAUGGCCUGUGCUCGGAUUUGCAGAAGAAGGCCAAGUGCUCAGGCUCUGGUGCGGUGGUUGACGAACAUGAUUUCAAGAACGUGAUGAAGAAGUAUUUGGGCAAGUCGGACAAGGAGUUGGCCGAGUGUGGCCUGACAGCGCAAAAUACAAUCCAGGAGGGAAAUGCUUUGGUCCAGGCCUAA